CCCCCCCCCCCAAUUGCCCUAUGGGACGUGACCUUUGACCACUUGCGUGUUGGUUACGAAUUCGGCUUCACUCCUCUCUCGGCUCUCUUCCGCUUCUCCCAUUCGCCCAGAGCACACCCCUUCGACAACACACGAACCCACGGAAAGAAAGAGGACAACAUCCCAGAAGUUUAAAACACAAUUUCAAAACACAGGGAAAAAAACAUCCAAAGUGGGAAUUUGAUCUAGCCCAUUCCAACCCGUCCCGGAACGACAACGCAGAUCCAGGCACAGCCCAAGUCGUCCUCCCCCCCCAUUCUAAGAAUAUCAUCGUUUCACUCCUCUGGUCAACGACCCAUUCCCUUUAAAACACCCGGCAUACCCUCCCGACAUUUGGUCCCUUUUUUCCUCUUUUCUUCUUUUUCAAGAUGUCAUCCGCCGCCCAAGAAGAAUUCAAUCAACUCCUCCAGAACAAUCGAGACCGGUUCUCGACUCACCCUGAAGACCGAGACAAUCACUCCGAUCGAGACGACUCCGAUCACUCCUCCGACGAUAACGAUCACGAAGACCACAACCGCCCUCACUUCUCCGACGCAGACGACGACGACGACGACCUCCACAGAUCCUCUGCCAUGCACUCCCGUAACACCAGUACCUACAAGAUCCCCAAUGCCACCUUCGAUGCCAACACAGGCCCCAAGGGUGUCAUCGCCGACGCCCAGGCCUUCGAGCGUGCCCGCAAAUCCUCCUUCCGCCGCACCCUGCUGAGCGUCGCCGGCAUUGACCGACCCCACUACUCGAUGAAGUCCACCACGGACGACGCCACGCUGCUGCACAACUCCUCCCCGCCUGACGGGUCCUCGGGCAGCGAUGACGAGGAGCGGUUUCUGCGCCAGUGGCGCACCUCGCGCAUGCAGGAGAUGCAGGCCCGUACGCUCCGCAAGCCCAGUCCUCGCCGCCGGUUGUAUGGGUCCGUCGACCACGUGGAUGCCGUUGGGUAUCUGGAUGCCAUUGAGAAGGUCACUUCGGGGACGGUGGUGGUCGUCUGUCUGUAUGAUCCGGAGGUAUGUUUCUCUGAUUAUUGGUUGUAGUGGCCGAAACUAACUUUCUGGGAAGUCCACUCCCAGUGCCCUGGUCGAAGACUGCCUGAACACCAUCGCUCGCCGCCAACCCACCGUUCACUUCAUCAAGCUGCACCACGAAAUCGCGGAGAUGGAUAACAUCGAGGCCCCGGCGUUGCUGGCGUACCGCGAC